AUGGGUAAAAUUUAAUUAGAGAAAGAGGAUAAAAACUUAAAGAAGGAUAAAAAGCUUAAUAAAAAGAAGACAGUUUAAUCUAAAGGAGAUAUGGAUGUUGAGAAACCAAUUGGUAUUAAGAAGAAAGUGAUCAAAUAAACUAGUGAGUAAAUCAAAUAAAAGCAGCUUAAAAAGAAAGUAAAUUAACUCAAUCAAAUCAAAACUUCAACUCAAACUGAUACCCAAAAGAAAGCUGAAAUAUUUAAGGAAUUCAAUAAAAAUCUUGAAUAACAGAUUCAGAUUCCAAAAACAUCCACAAAAGGAUAAAGGGAUAGAUUGUUGAAAAAACAAAAGAUUCUUAAAAAGAAGUUGUUGGAUAAAUACAUCAUUACCAAAUAGAAGUAAGAACCUUAGACUUUCAUCUUAGAUUCUUUGAAAAAUAACUUAUUAGAUAUUGAUAAAUAACACUAAGAAAAACAAAAGUAAUUAGAAUUAGAGAAAAAUAAAGGAACAUCUAGUCAUUUAAGAAAUAAAUUGUUGAAGGAAGAUCAACUCAGAAUGAAAUAAGUUUUCUAGAUUAAACCAUUUUAAGAUAAUCCCUUAGCUACUAUGAAAAUGCAUCUAGAAAACACAUAUUCAAAAAAAUGA